UGAUUAAUGUUCUUUUUCCCUUUUAAAUUAAAUUCAUGAAAAUCAUGAAAUCACUUGCUUGAGCCGAAACCUGCUCCAUUGUGCUUCUUUCUACCUGUCUCUAUUACCUAUAUUUAUCUGCAUUCCUUCAUGCAUUUGAGCAUUUUCCAAGCGAAUCAGACCUUGAGGUGUAGUAGGGAUGUACCUUUUUGACAAACCCCAUGACUCACGUGGCUCUCCUAUCUCUUAACAGAACAAAUGUUCAUUAAAGAGACAAUACCAUAAUUAAUUCUGUUCAUUUUGUCUUAGAAAAAGAACAGAAAAAAUAUUGCCUCUUUGAGACGGAGGAGCAGGUUCAUUAGGAUUAGUCCAUUGUAUAUGUGUUGUAGCUAAUAAGGAUAAACAAAUUCUGAGAGAAUGGACAAAGGGUGGGUUUCAAGUGAGGGUAUUGGAGCUUUUUGGGUGAUGGGUAGGUGUUGGUUGGUAAUGGUCUUAAUUGGGGUGGGGUGUGGCAGCUUGUUGGGUACAAUAGGAGUAGAAGGGUAUCCAAGUGAGGAUCUGGUUGUGAGAUUGCCUGGCCAACCUAAGGUUGGGUUUAAGCAAUAUGCUGGGUAUGUUGAUGUAGAUGUCAAGCAUGGAAGGAGCCUUUUCUAUUAUUUUGUGGAGUCUGAGCAAGACCCUGAUAAGAAGCCCCUCACACUUUGGCUAAAUGGAGGUCCUGGAUGUUCCUCCAUGGGAGGAGGUGCUUUCACUGAAUUGGGUCCAUUUUAUCCUAAAGGUGAUGGACGUGGACUAAGAAGAAAUUCCAAGUCUUGGAAUAAAGCUUCCAACCUCCUCUUUGUGGAGUCUCCUGCUGGAGUUGGUUGGUCAUACUCAAAUACAACUUCAGAUUAUAACACUGGAGACGCCUCCACUGCCAAUGAUAUGUACGUGUUCAUGCUGAAAUGGUACGAGAAGUUUCCAUCAUACAGAACAAGAGAGCUGUUCCUUACUGGAGAAAGUUAUGCAGGGCAUUAUAUACCACAAUUAACUAAUGCUUUACUGGACCAUAAUGCUCGUUCAACUGGUUUCAAAUUCAAUAUUAAAGGAGUUGCUAUUGGAAACCCGCUUUUGAGACUUGAUCGGGAUGCACCUGCUACAUACGAAUACUUCUGGUCUCAUGGAAUGAUUUCUGAUGAAGUUGGCCUUGCCAUUAUGAAUGAUUGUGAUUUUGAUGAUUACGACCAUGCAAGUCCUCACAACCUUUCUCAUUCGUGCAACAAAGCCAUAUAUGAAGCAAAUAUAAUAGUUGGGGAUUAUAUAAAUAACUACGAUGUAAUUUUAGAUGUUUGUUAUCCAUCCAUAGUGGAACAAGAACUGAGACUGAAAAAGAUGGCAACUAAAGUAAGUGUGGGUGUAGAUGUCUGUAUGACUUUAGAAAGAAGUUUCUACUUCAACCUCCUUGAGGUUCAAAAGGCUCUGCAUGCAAACCGUACUAAUCUUCCUUAUAGUUGGUCCAUGUGUAGUCGUGUUCUAAACUAUAGUGACACUGAUGGUAACAUCAACAUCCUUCCAAUUCUCAAAAGGAUAGUCCAAAAGCAUAUCCCAGUAUGGAUUUUCAGCGGAGACCAAGAUUCUGUUGUGCCAUUAUUGGGAUCUCGAACACUCAUUCGUGAACUAGCUCACGAAUUGAAGUUCAAGAUUUCAGUCCCAUAUGGAGCUUGGUUCCACAAAGGCCAGGUUGGUGGUUGGGUGACAGAGUAUGGAAAUUUGUUGACUUUUGCCACUGUAAGGGGUGCUGCACACAUGGUACCUUACGCACAACCUGCAAGAGCACUGCAUCUAUUCAGUUCAUUUGUGCGUGGCAGGAGAUUACCAAACACAACACAUCCUUCAAUUGAUGAAUAAUGAUGCUAGUUAUAACAAAAAAUUGGCAUGCUUCGAUGACUUUUCUUCGCCUAAGAAUGCAAGGAAAUGAAAGAAAAAAGAUUGUUGGGUUAUAAGCAACUAGGGAUUGUAUGGAAAGGAAAAUGGAAGUAGAAAAAGAGUUACAUUCCAUUCUCGUAUUUCUACUCUCUUCCACUUGGUAGCAAAGACUGAUUUAUUUGGCUUGAUUCCUAUGUGCCUCGGGAUUCUAGUAAACCCAAUGAGCAAUUUGAUUCUUGUUAGCUUUCAGUGUGGCAACAAAUGUUUGUUGGAAGUUAUUUAAGAUUUAGAUUAUUGGUGAAAGUUGUUAUUAAUUUAAUAUAAUUAAUUUUAAAAGAGGAAGCGAAAUUUGAUGCCACACUUAGCAGCCAAUGAUUAGAAAAUAAAUAAAUGGUAGUAUAUCGAGUUAAACUAAAGUAAUUUAAAUCUUGAUCUCAAAGGUGUACGAGAUGAGAUACGAGUUAUAGACUUCUCUUGCAGCUGAUGCUACUCUGUUAUUGUGUUCCUAGUAGAGACACGAGAAUCAACUGUUAUUUGAACAUGCAAAAGUUGAUACUGUAUAC